AUGGGGAUACCUUGGCUGGAGCGUACGAACCGUUUCGCUAACGCCCAACAGAAUAAUCCCGCCUCAUCCGAUCCCCUCACCAAAUCCAUAUUUACUCAGUUUAAUGCUAUGGCACUUCUUUUUCAUCAAGAUGAUGUCAAUGAUCUUAGCUUCUGCAUGAAAAAUAUAACUGAGGAGUGGAAUGAAGCUUUCGAUUUCUCACAUGAUACGAGAUUCUUGGCGAAUUGCAUCCAAAAGAACAAUGGCAAUCUCGCUCAGCGGUUGUGUACCGCAGCAGAUAUAAAGUUCUAUAUAAGUACUAUUUCAGAGGCCGAGAAACAAGGGUUUAAGACUUCAAGUUAUGUCAAAGGUAACAAGAACUGCAAUCUUACUUCUUGGGUUUCUGGAUGCGAACCAGGCUGGUCUUGUGCCGCUCCCAAAGAUGUCCAAGUUGACCUAACAAACAAAGAAGAUAUGCCUUAUAGAACUUCAAAUUGUGAACCUUGUUGUGAGGGUUUCUUUUGUCCAACUGGACUCACCUGUAUGAUCCCUUGUCCUUCUGGAUCAUACUGUCCUCUUGCUCAGCUAAACCCCCAAACUAACAUAUGCGAUCCAUAUCGCUACCAACCUCCGCCCGGUGCAACUAACCAUACUUGUGGUGGAGCCGAUGUCUGGGCAGAUGUAACCAGUAGUCGUGAGGUAUUUUGUCCAGGAGGGUACUUCUGUCCAAGUUCAGUUGAGAAACAUUCUUGCGAACCCGGACAUUAUUGCAGACUUGGAUCAACAUAUGAAACAGAGUGUUUUCAGUUUGCUACAUGUAAUAGAGGGUCUGUAAAUCAAAAUAUCACUGCCUAUGGAAUAAUGACUUGUGCUGGGUUAAUACUCUUGCUGCUCAUUUUUUACAAUUGUACUGAUCAAGUUAUCACCACUAGAGAGAAAAGGAAAGCAAAAUCAAGAGAAGCUGCUGCACAAAGUGCAAAAGAAUUAGCACAAGAAAGAUGGAGAUCCGCAAAAGAAACCGCAAAGAGAGGGCUAUCAAGAACAUUUUCGCGCAAGAAAUCUUCUAUGCCCGAACCGUCACAAGGUGCAACAUCAUCAAAAGAAGAAAUGCAUGAUAUUGAAGAAGAUCCGGAAGAUCGCGAUACUGUUAGUGUAGACAUUGAAGCGAAAAAAGCGAAAAAGGAAUUAAAAGCUAAAAAAUUACACACGCGUAGCGAAAUUUUUAAGUACGCGUAUGGUCAGAUCGAAAAAGAAAAGGCAAUGGAACAAGAACAAGCAGAUUUAACAUUCUCUGGGGUGAUUUCUAUGGCUACUGAAGCAAGCUAUAGAAGUAGGCCAAAAAUUGAAGUUUCUUUUGAAGAUUUGACUCUUACAUUAAAGGGUACAAAGAAACAUUUGUUAAGAAGUGUGAGUGGAAAAAUAUCACCUGGUCAUGUAUCAGCUGUUAUGGGUCCUUCUGGAGCUGGUAAAACAACAUUUCUUUCGGCCUUAACCGGAAAAGCAAGGGGAUGCACAGUGAAUGGAUCGAUUCUUAUAAACGGGAAACGCGAAUCGAUGAAUUCUUAUAAGAGAAUAAUCGGGUUCGUACCCCAAGACGAUAUUGUACAUGGUGAUUUGACCGUCGAAGAGAAUCUUUGGUUUAGUGCAAGAUGCAGGCUUCCAGCAAAACUUUCUCGAGCUGAAAAGGUUCUUGUUGUAGAAAGAACUAUAGAGUCUUUAGGGUUACAACAUGUGAGGGAUUCUUUAGUUGGUACAGUGGAGAAGAGGGGAAUAUCAGGGGGUCAAAGAAAACGUGUAAAUGUUGGUCUGGAAAUGGUGAUGGAACCUUCUUUAUUAAUCUUAGAUGAACCCACUUCUGGUCUGGACAGUUCAUCUUCUCAGUUAUUACUUAAAGCACUUCGCCGUGAAGCUCAUGAAGGAGUAAAUGUGUGCAUGGUGGUUCACCAACCUAGCUAUAGUCUAUUCCGGAUGUUUGAUGAUUUGAUACUGCUGGCAAAAGGUGGUCUUGUUGCCUAUCUUGGACCAGUGAGUCAAGUUGAAGAAUACUUUUCAGGCAUCGGUAUCCAUGUACCCGAACGGGUCAACCCUCCGGAUCAUUACAUUGAUAUCUUGGAGGGUAUUAACACUACAUCAGGUGUCAACUACAAAGAUCUCCCACUCAAAUGGAUGACUCAUAAUGGUUACCCCAUACCACCUGACAUGCAAGAUCCUGAUUUAAAGCCCGAAUCUUCACACGGCUCGACUUCAACUGUUGGUGGGCAUGAUGAUCGGUCUUUUGUGACCGAGUUAUGGCAAGAGUUUAAGGACAUUAUUCAUAUGAAAAACGAUAGCUUUUUAAGUUAUUUUUCGAGGCGAAAAGAUUUGUCUAAUCGCAUAACCCCUGGUGCGGUUCAACAAUAUCGAUUCUUUCUUGGAAGGGUGGCAAAACAGCGAAUACGUGAAGCUAGGUUACAAGCUGUAGAUUUACUGCUUUUGCUAAUAGCAGGAAUCUCUCUAGGAACACUUGCUAAAGUUAGUGAUGAAAACUUUGGGGCAGUCGGAUAUACUUACACCAUUAUUGCAUAUUCUUUACUCGGCAAGAUUUCGGCUAUGAGAUCAUUUACAUCGGAUAAAUUACAAUUUUGGCGAGAACGAAGUUCUGGAAUGAGUUGUUUUGCAUAUUUUUUCUCCAAAGAUACAAUCGAUCAGUUCAGCACCAUAAUAAAACCCGCGGUUUAUCUAUGCACAUUUUACUAUUUUAACCCUCCAAGAUCUUCAUUACUCGAUAACUACGUCGUUUUACUUUGCUUGUUGUAUUGUGUAUCCGGCUUCGCUUAUGCACUAGCCAUCUACCUUGACGCUGGUGCUGCCCAACUGUGGUCAGUGUUGCUUCCAGUUGUGUUGACUCUUAUUUCAACCCAAAAUGAUGAAAAGGGAUCAAUAAUACCUCUUCUCAAAAAAUUGUCCUACCCUUCAUGGGCUUUAGAAGCCUUUGUGCUAGCUAAUGCAGAAAGGUACCGCGCGGUGUGGUUGCUAACAAGAUGUGCCGCGAUCGCCAAAAGAGGCUACGAUCUACGUGACUGGAAAUAUUGCUUGAUGCGUUUACUACUCGCUGGAUUAGGGUUUCGCGCUUUGGCUUUGUUCUUGUUAGUGUUCUGCCAGAAGAAGUAG